CAAUUUCUCCCUUUUCUUCGCCAAAGGGAAAUAAAAACAACUCCUUUUUUCCUUCGUCUUCUUCCUCCUGCCGCCGACGGGGACGGGGAUCCGAGCCGGAGGGAUCCUCCCGCGGAAUAAAGAAGCCCGGAGUCGCUCGCCAUCCACGAGACCUGUCAGUCCAGUUUGUUAAUUCCCUGCGGAGAAAAAGAAAAGAAACAAGGCUCCGUUGCCGAAAAGCCGCAGGCGUUAGGUGGCGCGUGGUGGUGGCGCGUCCUUCCUCGCUCCCCCGCUCGCUGGUCAAACAAGGUCGAGGAGGAAUCCGCCCACCACAACAACCCUGCUCCUCUUCCUCUUCCUCCUCUCCCCAUUCUCGUCGCGCCGCGCAGGGCACCUGAAGGAAGGGAUUUGUCCGCUGAGGGUGAUUUGGGGGAAGGGGAAGGAAGGAAGGGAGAGACGAUGUGCCCGCUGAGGGUGAUACUCAUCUUCCUCUCCGCCACCAUCGCCGGCUUCUUCCUCCUCCGGGGGCUCAAGGCCGAGCAACCCGACUUCUUCCAGGACGACGAGGACGAGGACAAGGGGACCGACUCGCCCAGGGCCCCCGCGCCGCCGCUCCAUUCCAAGGUGGCAUCAGCUGCGAAAACAGGUUUCUGGACAAUGGUGGACAUGGCAAGCGGACGGUACCUUUGGAGGACCCUUGUUGCACCACCGGCAAAAUCUGAAUCUGAAAAGGCCCGGUGACAAACCUCCAUUACCUGUUCCAUAUUUGUGUAAUUGGACUAUUGGAGUACCCAGAUGGGGGUGAAAUUGGGGCGUUGUCUGCUGUGGUUACAUCAUGUGUGUAAAGCAGAAGCAGCUGUAACAUGGGGGGUUAUAUGUUGGCGUAAAUGUGCAAAAUCAUUCAUGUAUGAACCUUGUGUUGUAUAUGGCGACUGUAAGCUGGGGCAAUGUUGGGAGUGUGGUGUAUGUGUUUCGGACUAAAUUUGCAGUUUUUUGUUUUUUGUUUUCACUCUGUUGAUGUUUAAAUGCAUCAAUUCAAUCAUAUGCCCAAUUUGUAAUAGGUGGAUUCAGUGAUACGCUGAAAUAAGAGAUGAGUUUUGGCUUUUCUUUAGUGGCACGAAAA